AUGUCUCCCCCUAACCGCACUGCAGUGACUGAGUUCAUUCUCCUGGGACUCACAGAUGACCCAGUGCUGCAGAAGGCCCUGUUUGGGGUGUUCCUGGUGAUCUACCUAAUCACACUGGCAGGGAAUCUGGGCAUGAUCGUGCUGAUCAGGACCAAUCCCCACCUGCAGACCCCCAUGUACUUCUUCCUCAGCCACCUCUCCUUUGUAGACCUUUGCUAUUCCUCCAAUGUGACUCCAAAUAUGCUGCACAGUUUCCUCUCAGACCAGAAGACCAUCUCCUACGUGGGAUGCUUCACACAGUGUCUCGUCUUCAUCGCCCUGGUGAUCACGGAGUUUUAUCUCCUUGCUUCAAUGGCCUUGGACCGCUACGUAGCCAUCUGCAGCCCUCUACUGUACAGCACCAGGAUGUCCAAGGACGUUUGCAUCUUUCUAGUCACAGUCCCUUAUACUUGUGGAUUCUUCAAUGGUCUCUCUCAGGCGCUGCUGACUUUCCGCUUGUCCUUUUGUGACUCCCGGGAAAUCAACCAUUUCUACUGUGCGGAUCCUCCUCUAAUAAUGCUGGCCUGCUCUGACACCUAUGUCAAAAAGAUGGCGAUGUUUGUGGUUGCUGGUUUCACGCUGUCAAGCUCCUUGUUCAUCAUUCUCCUGUCUUAUGCUUUCAUCGUUGCCUCUAUAUUGGCGAUCCGUUCUGUGGAAGGCAGGCACAAGGCCUUUUCUACCUGUGGUUCCCACCUGACAAUAGUUACGCUAUUUUAUGGAACCCUGUUCUGUAUGUACUUGAGGCCUCCAACUGAGAAGUCUGUAAAGGAGUCCAAAAUAUUUGCAGUCUUUUAUAGUUUUUUGAGUCCGAUGUUGAACCCACUGAUCUACAGUAUGAGGAACAAGGAUGUGAUUCAAGCCAUGCAGCAAAUGAUAAAGAGAAACCUUUCAUAA